UACCGUAUUCAACAAUCGAAUCUAAAUAAGAAAAGAGGAACACUGAUCACACUAUUAUGGGUCACCUAGUCACGAUUAUUAGUCACUCUGUUCCACAUGCAGUUCAAAUGAAAAUGACCAAUAAUAGUGGGUGACCCAUAAUAGUGUGACCAAUGUAAUUGUAAUUAUAAUCAUAUUGUUAUGUGUUUCACAGAGUCAACGAAUCUACCGACGAGUCAGAUGACGACAGCGAUGAAGAAGUUACCGAAGAGCUAGAGGAUGAUGAUAUCGAGUUGGCAACUGAACGCGAGAGGAGUCUAUUGGAGAAAAUUACACCUAUAUUCUCCGGUGUCAGGUGUGCAGCGCAUACCGCCCAGUUAGCGGUGUCAGACACCAUUAAAGGGGCCAAACUAAGGAAGCACUUAGAUUUGAUGCAAGCAUUCGUCAAAAAACUGCGAAAGGUUCCAUUCAAAAACCUAUUUAAGUUGAACAACAAGGAAUUGCCGAAGCCGAGUUGUGACACUAGAUGGAAUUCGUGGUACGAUAAUGCAUCCUCGCUGAAGACCAACAAAGAUUUCAUUUGUUCAAUAACGAAAAACGACAAAGAUGUUGCUCUAAGCAACGAUACAUGGACCUUUAUUGAUAAUUUUGUCGAAGGCUUCGAACCUGUAGCAAAGCUUACAAAAGCUCUGCAAUCAUCACAGCUCACCAUUGGCGAUUUUUAUUUGGCAUGGCUACGAUGCAAGCUUCUGUUGGGUAAGAAAGAUAAUCCAUUAUCGAAACAGCUGCUGGCCAACAUGGAAACUCGGGAACUAGCUUUAACCAGCAACAACGCUUUCUUGGCUGCAAUUUUCUUCGAUCAACGUAUCAACUAUCGGAAUAGUCCACUUUUCAAUGAGGAUCAACGUCAGACUGCAUUGAUGCAUCUGAAAAAUGUAUGGAAAAGCAUUCAACGUGUAUCACGAGGCGAGCCAUCAAAUGUAUCAGUAGACGAUCCAAAGGAAGGAACUAGUGGGAAUCAUGACGACGUUUUAGAGGAGUUCUUCCGUUCGCAUGAUGAGUCUCAAGAAUCAAGUAUCUCUCCAAGUUUGUUCGAUGAGUUGGAAGACUUGAGCCGCUCUCCUCGUCUGAAACUAGAGAAGGGUCAAACAAUCUUGGACUACUGGUACGGACAAAAGCAAGCUAAGCCUGAGUUAUACUGUUUGGCGGCGAUAGCACUUGCCACACCAGCAACUCAAGAGUCAGCUUCGCCAACCUUCGCUCAAGCCGGCUUCAUCUGCCUGAGCAAAUCGUUGAACGCCAGCAGAUGCGGUCUCAUCGGUUCUCCUCCCGUCGGAUUCAGUUCGAUGAGCUGA